GAUGUUCCUUUCCUGUGUGUUGCAGAGUGAGGCAGCAUGGAUGCCAUCAGCCAAUCCCCUGUGGACGCUGUGCUUCCCAAGCACAUCCUGGAUGUCUGGGCCAUCGUCCUCAUCAUCCUGGCCACCAUCGUCAUCAUGACCUCCUUGUUGCUGUGUCCAGCCACCGCAGUCAUCAUCUACCGCAUGCGGACUCAGCCGGUGCUCAGUGGGGCUGUUUGAGAAGCACCCAAAGGCCCUGUGGGGAUGAGGACGCAAGUCCCUUGCCCCAGCCUGUUCUCAGCAAAAUGCUGGGAAGGACUUGGGGUUAGACCUGCAUUCUAGGUUGGUUUCUGCCACCGGCCAACGGGGUCGUGGGACCUACCUCUGUGAGUUCCAGGUUCAUUAUCUUUCAACCAGGGAUCCCGAUCCCUGGCCUUCCUACCUCAUAGGGUUGUGGGAACCAAGUGACUUGGUGGGGUGAAAGCUGCUUGUGAGCAGUAAAGCCACCACCGAUGGACCAGUGUCACGCCAAGUGCUGAGAAGCUUUGAGGAAGCAAAGAGCCUAAAAGCUGGUGAUGGCCUUCACUGUGGUGAGGGAGGCACUGGACAGAGCAGCCUUUGCCAGUCCCCUCAAACCAAGCCAAGGGCACCCUGUCCCCUUUCCCAGGGACCAGUGGCACUCUGGCUCAGAGUGGA